UGAUGUUUCUGGCACAAGUUUUAUUAGUGACGGCAGGCAAAUGCCCAAAAGUGUGUGUUUGUGACAUCUCCAAACUCACUGUGGCUUGCAUUGGCAAGAACCUGACUGAGGUUCCCUCAACCAUUGAUGAGAUCACAGUGAAACUGGACAUGAGGAACAACGACCUGCAGGUGUUGCCCAAGGGGGCAUUCCUACACACUCCGUACCUCACCCACCUCAACCUGCAGCGCUGUAACAUCAUGAAGGUGAAGGAGGGCGCCUUCCGGACGCUGGGCCGUGUGGUCUCCCUCAACCUGGCCUACAACAACAUUGAGAUCCUUUAUCAGGAGUCAUUUGAUGGGCUCUCCUCCUUGAAGGAGCUGCUUUUGGACCAUAACCGUGUGGAGGAGAUCCAGCCUGGAGCCUUUAGCCAGCUGGGCUCCCUCAACAUGCUGGCUCUCUCUCACAACCAGCUGGUUUAUAUCCCCAACAUGGCCUUUCAGGGCCUGCACAACAUCAAGUGGCUUCGCCUCAGCCACAACUCCCUCAACAACCUGGCCACCGAGGCUUUUGCUGGCCUGUUCACCCUCAACCGCCUCAGUCUGGAAAACAAUGAACUGCAGUUCUUCCCUACUCAGACAAUGACCAGGCUUCCUGAGGUCACACGUCUGGACAUGAGCUUCAAUCCCAUGACCUACCUGGGAGAGGAGUCGGUCUGCAUGCCCAAGCUUAAGCUACUCUACCUGGACCAUAUGUCUCUCCAGGACCUUUCAAACAUGGCACUGUCCCAAGCACCACUCCUCUCCAACGUGGACCUCAGCCACAACCAGCUACGCUACCUGGAGCCCCUCCAAGGGCCCAAGGAGCUGGUCAGCCUCAACCUCACUGGAAAUCCCAUUUACUGUAACUGCUACAUGCGGCCGCUGAGGGAGUGGGCCAAGCAAGGCCGUGUGAGGCUGCGGGGCUCCUGUGCUGGACCUCCUCAUCUAUCAGACGAGCUGCUGGAGGCGCUGGCUCCGCUGGAGCUGCGCUGCCGGAGCAGAGAGGAAACGUUGAAGGAGGAGUUUGAGGAGCAAGAAGAGAUUAGAGAAAGUGGCCGGCCCACAGCCAAACCCACCACCAACCCCAAGAAGCAAGCCAAGUGUCCUGAUAACUGUGACUGCAAUGUUGAUGCCCAGCAUGCCACAUGUGAGGGCCGGGGUCAUACCAAAGUCCCGAGAGGCUUCCACACCAAACUCCAGCUCCUCGACCUGCGUAGUAAUCAUUUUCACUACCUCCCCAGCAAGAGUUUCCCCGGCACCCAGCAGGUUGUGUCCCUUCAUCUGGAGUUCUGUAAAAUCCACGAGAUUGACGGCGGUGCUUUCCAGGGAAUGAAAAGCCUAUAUUAUUUAUAUCUGUCUGACAAUGACCUCACAUCUCUGGAGCCGAGGGCCUUUGAAGGAGCCCCACAGCUUACCUACCUUCAUCUGGAAGGGAACCGGCUCACCCAAUUCCCCGGAUCAGCUAUGACACCCUUGCCCAGUCUUCUUGUAUUGCACCUGGAGCAAAAUGCCAUAUCCAAACUGGAGCCCACUGGUUUGCUGUUGUCAGUAGCCCCUACACUCAGGGGUCUCUACCUCAGCAAUAACACCAUCACAAGCAUUGCCAGCGGUGCCCUGGACUCUGCUUAUCUAGACACGCUUCACCUGGACUCCAAUCAGCUUGGGGAGGUCCCUACAAAUGCCUUUUCCAAGCCGUCUCGUCUGGAGGAGCUCAACCUGUCAAGGAAUUCAAUCCACUGGGUGGGGCCACAGGCUUUCCAGCUUGUCUCCAAGAGUCUGAGGAGGCUUUACAUGGAUGAAAUGGGGCUAAAGAAAAUGUCCAGGGAGUCUCUGGCAGGUCUGGGUCCAGAGUUGAAGGUUCUGACUUUGGGAGGGAACCAGCUGGAGAAGCUGCCGGACCUGAGCUCUCUCUCUGGCCUGGAGAUGAUCAGCCUACAGGAUAACCCGCUGUCAUGUGACUGCUCCCUUCUGCCGCUACGCAGGUGGUUGGAGAAUGUGACUCUGGAAGUGACAGCCACCUGCGGUCACCCUCCCAAGUUGAGAGGUCAAAGUGUCAUGGACGUCCAUAUCUUCAAGUCCUGCAGCUCUCCUCCAGACCGGAAGCCCGAUACAGCUCCCAAACCUCUGAAAGCCAGUAAACCCAAGCUUGCACCGCUGACGUUAUCUCCAGACAAACCCCAACCACAGAAGACAAAAGUCAAGGUCCCUAAACAAACCAAGGGCAAGCCCCGGAAGAAUGUUAAGACACCAGGAGAGACCAAGAAAAUCAUGAAGACUGUGCAAUAAGGAAAUCUAAUGCAAUGACCUAUGCAAUGAAACAGGUGCAGUUGUUUUAAGACUCUUCCCCUAUACUGAAACUACUACGGCACUCUUUUUUUCCUACAAACUUUGCAGCAUCAAACUGAUAAAAUGAAGCAAAAGUUGAAUGACUGAAAACUGAACUAUAACUGGAAAAUUUCACAUCUAAAAUGCACUUCCACAGUCAUCUUCUUUCCUCUUUUCUCUUUGCAAGAAUAUAUGAUUGAACAAAGAGCAGUUACUGCCAUUAUUCUGGUAUACUGCUAAGGGGGGAAACGUGCAGUGAGAGAAGGCUUGGGGCUCAAGGAAAAGUUUCAAGUAGAUCAUAAUAAAAUCAAGUAAAAAAGAUUUCGGGGCUUUAGGGGUUUUAGGCUUAUUACUUACUGAUUGAUUGUAAAACAGACUGAGUGAAUGUAAAAUGAAG